UGAUCUGGGUGGUUUGUUUUGGCGGUGGGGGAGAGAGGCGAGUGGCGGCGCAAGAGUGGUUUCCUUGGCUUGUGGUGGAGAACCAUUUUUGGACCCAUGACCUGGAAAGAGUAUUAUUUGAGAUGCACCAGCCAACUCUAUCAUGAUCGAGUAUGGCAUGUUGUGUUUUCUCUUGCCAUCUCUGAUCGACACCCAUGCGCCCAGGUUCUAUUGUAUAAGAGAUCGGUGUAUUCCCAUCCAACAUCCUCGUUCCUCUUUUUGUCCAUUCGAUUCUUCUUCCCCCCCUCUGUGCCGAGCACCCACACUCUUUUAGAUCCGACCCUCGUAGGCUCACAGCAGUCGCAUAGUCGUUCGACGGACACUCUUCGAUUCCAUCUUGAUCACUCGUAUACUACACCACCAUGUCGGUCUCUUUCGCUAGCAGCACUGGCAAUGCCUCUUCUUCCCGACCCACUUCCUCUUCUUCUCGAGUCAUCGUCAGAGACCCCAUCCACCCAGCUUCAUUAUGCAAGCUUUCGACACAUUCACAUUCCAUCGUUCAGGCCAUGCGUCAACGAGUUCGACCAGAAUUCUUCGGUGAGUCUUCUUUCACUCGAUACUAGACCAUCCAGCUGACCAGUGACCAGACCACGUCGCUCAAAAGACAUGCGAUGUCAUUCGAAUCUCGGACCGAGAAUCAGCUCUCCCCACGCCACCUACCACACCCGAGCUUC